GUGUACCAAAUACUUAGAGUGUGUUCAUGGCAAGUUACAUGAACGUAAUUGUGGUUAUGGUCUUAUGUGGGCUAAGGACAGGUGUACAUGGAAGACAGACAAGUGUUCAUCUGGACAGGUAACAGAUGUGCAUGAUACUCCUGUUGGUCCUCCUGCAUGGCAGGAGCCCUCUACCACAACCACCACCACCACCACCACAACUACCACAACUACCACCACCACCAUGGCCACCUGGGAAAAACCCAUCAUUUCAGAUCCUGGUACUCCCUCUGAACCUCAACCUCCGGUCUUCCCUCCCAGUGAAUACAUGAUUGUGUGUUAUUUCACCAACUGGGCAUGGUAUCGUCAGGGACCAGCCAAGUACAGACCUGAGAACAUUGACCCAAGCUUAUGUACCCAUAUUGUGUAUGGUUUUGCUGUCCUUGACUCUACUCGACUCCUAAUUAAACCACAUGACACCUGGGCUGACUAUGACAAUGGAUUUUAUGAAAAGGUGACUGCCCUAAAGGCAAAAGGCAUUAAGGUGACUCUGGCUAUUGGUGGGUGGAAUGAUUCAGCUGGUGACAAAUACAGCCGCCUGGUGAACGACCCUGCAGCUCGCAAGAGGUUCAAUGAACAUGUCAUUGAGUUCAUCCUGAAGCACAACUUUGAUGGUCUUGACCUGGACUGGGAGUACCCUGUGUGCUGGCAAGUGAACUGUGAGAAGGGCAAUCCAAGUGACAAAGCAUCAUUUGCAGCCUGGGUCAGGGAGUUGCAUUAUGCAUUCAAGCCUCAUGGUCUUCUUCUCUCUGCUGCUGUGUCACCCAGCUAUAAAGUUAUCGAUGCUGGUUAUGACGUGCCACAGUUGAAUCGUUACUUUGAUUGGAUUGCUGUGAUGACCUAUGACUACCAUGGUCACUGGGACAAGAAAACUGGUCAUGUUUCACCUAUGUACUAUCACCCUGAGGAUGAGGAGCCUUUGUUUAACACGAACUCUACUAUCCACUACUGGAUCGAGAAAGGGGCUGACCGUAAGAAGUUGGUUAUGGGAAUGCCUUUGUAUGGCCAGGCCUUCUCUCUGGGGUGGAAUGCUAAGGACACAGGUCUUAAUGAACCUGCCCCAGACAAGGGUCAGGCUGGACAGUACACCCGGGCUGCUGGUUUCUUGGCCUACUACGAGAUCUGUUAUAGAGUCCAGGCAAAGGGUUAUACACUAGUGAAGGACCCUGAGGGUAGGAUGGGACCUUAUGCACAUAAGGGCAACCAAUGGGUGAGCUUCGAUGAUACAGCUAUGAUUAGAUACAAGUCUGAAUACAUCAAGAAGAUGGGGCUGGGUGGUGGCAUGAUCUGGGCGCUAGACCUGGACGACUUUGGGAAUCGCUGUGGCUGUGAGGAACACCCACUCCUUCGGACCAUUAAUAGAGUCCUGAGAUCAUCCUUCUCUAUAUCAGAACCUCACCCUCCCUGUGACAUGUGAUCCAUGCAUUUUCCCAAGAUUUCUGAAGGGAAUGUGGCUUUUGCUAAAGAACCUUAAGGACAUGUAGCUUGUAUCAAGGGACCUAAGGUUUACUUAGCUUGUGCCAAAGCAUCUGGGGCUAAUAUGUCCUUUGUCAAAAAGAUAUAAGGCAGACAUGUCUUGUGUUAAGGGUCUAUGAAUAACUUAUACCAGAGGAUCUAAGAAUAACAGGUUGUGUCAAAGGACUUGAGAAAGUCUUCUGGUAUCAAAAGGCAUCUGGAUAUAAAUUUGUAUUGUAAUAUGUAAGGAUAACAUUGCUUGUGCCAAAAGAACUUUACCAUUUGUAAAGAACUAUAGAUAUUAAGACACAUGCAGCAUACGAACCAGACAGUCUCUUCCCAAGGAUUCCUUUCAACAAUGCUGUUCUCACAAUUCAAAUGAAGACUAAAAUUCUAUAUGCUAUAGUUAUGCCUUCUCAAUCUCUUUCUGUUAUGCAGGCAAAAGUAUUGUGAUAGGAACCACUGAUAAUACAAACAAUGCAGGGGAAUAGUUUCACCAUUGUUUUAAUUUCUCUACUGCUAUUUAUUAUUUAUUUUUUGUAAAAAAGAGAGAAAACAUGUUAUUUAUCAUUGUUUAACUAUCAAGACCUUUACAGGAUGGGCAAGUUUCUAGUGAAGAUUUGUUAUACAUGUACAGUACCUCAAUGGUUUAAAAAUAAAAAGGAGAGUUCUGAAUCAAUUACUAGUACCAGUCAUUUAUUUAUAUUGCCAACUGGAGGUGAGCUGUGUAUGGUUGUUAUUAUUAUUAUUAUUAUUAUUAUUAUUAUUAUUAUUAUUAUUAUUAUUAUUAUUAUUAUUAUUAUUAUUAUUGUUAUUGUUAUUGUUACUACUAUUAUUAUUUUAGUGCUGGGCCGGAUUCCAGAACUUGUGGCAUUAUAUAACACAUUAUUUAUCAAUAAAACAUUUAAAAAUG